AGAGAGGAUGAAGCAGGGCGUUCGCGUUCUCUUGUCAAAGCGUUCGCGUUAUGUUCGCCUGGUCACGCCUGCCGCAUCCAGCACUAACGGGAAUAGCAUUUCUCGACCCGACACGCUUCCACAUUAGAGUCAAUCGUUAGGGUUCAGUCAGUGAUUUGAUCGAAACACCGAGGCCUGUGCUUUUCUCGCCGUGUGUUUCUAUUGUACAUGCAGCAGAAGAAUCCAUGACAGCCGCAUCUUCCAUUGAUCUGUUGAUAUCUGGGAUCUUCUGCUGUCCUUUACUACGAGCUCAACAUCUGGACACGAUCACAGCCUCUUCUCUUUUAUAUUUCACCGAGAAUCCUGUUUUUAUGAAGACAUUUUCUUUUUAACACGGUGAAUGUAGAUGUGAACGCAGCCUUUUUAUUCAUAAGCCAAACAGUGUUUUUUUUUAGUCGUCGUGUUUUCGUGAUUUAGAUUCAGCCAUCGUCCCGCGCAGGCCGUGGUUUUAGUCACGGAUCUACACGAUUGCUUUCUGCGCUAAAUGUCGCGGAUGUUGUUGAUUAUUGGUGUUAUUUAUCGCGGAUUUAAACCGUUUUUUAAAUCCGCGUGGAUGGGGAGCGGCGCCAGGCGCGAAUUUGCGUCCGCAGCAAACGACGCGUUUAUUAUUGCCUGAUCUCAAUUUCUCCUUUUUAUUAUAAUGAUCAUUUUUGGUUUUCGAUGAGAAUCGACUGUCUACCACACAAGGAUCACCUUCGCACCAAGGCGGGAUUUUAGACGUAUUUACAACAUAUUUGUUUUACCUCAGAUAGAUUCCUCAUCGUUAAUAUGUUUUUUUUAUGUUUAAUUCUUAAUGAAAAUCACCUGUCCACCAGAAGAGGAUCACCCUCAGCUCAUCGUCUCAUUGCAAUACCCUUGACGAUCAACAGUUCAUCGCGUAAAAGCGACAUGCCUCGAAAUACGCGCGAUUAAAGCGUUUCAGCGUCGAGUCGAAGAAUUUCUGCUGUGCUCAUAAUGAGUAACACACCAAAACCUUUCUCAUCUUCACUCAUGGAUGCUUUUGAUGCUGUAUGGUAAUUUGUCUUAUCGACAGCGUCAGGAGACUGUAUUCAUAUUGGAUUAUAGCCUAUCAUUCCCCGUGUGUAUUAUUCUUCCUGCGUGUUUAUGACUGAGGACACUCUCUAAGGUGGAUUUGAAAUAUCAUGUUUUUGGUCCAUUAUCGUCUGGAAGAUGGCAGCUGAUUAAAUUUUAAUCUUGAUGCAUUCUGGCGACACGGGAGGAGAAGAGGAGAAGCGAGUGAAUCGGGGAGGAGAGGAGAGAGGAGAGGAUGUAGGGUGGAUACGGAACACCAGAAGGUUCAUCUGACUCUACAAGGAGACUGUCCCGCCGCUUUCACCUUGUCCGUUCCUCUGUCGAUAUAAUGGCGCUGUCACUGUGGUUACUGUGGAUGUGUCCUGUGUUGCUUAGCAACAUUGCUCCCUCUGAACAAGGUCUGAGUCGAGCUGCGAUGCCCUUCGGGCUGAUGAGGAGAGAGCUGGCGUGCGAGGGAUACCCCAUCGAGCUGCGCUGUCCAGGAAGUGAUGUCAUCAUGAUCGAGACGGCCAACUACGGCCGCACUGACGACAAGAUCUGCGACGCCGACCCCUUCCAGAUGGAGAACGUGCAGUGCUACCAGCCAGACGCCUUCAAGAUUAUGUCACACAGGUGUAAUAACAGGACCCAGUGUGUGGUCGUCGCUGGGGCAGAUGCGUUUCCUGAUCCCUGUCCUGGAACUUACAAAUACCUGGAGAUCCAGUAUGAGUGUGUCCCUUACAAAGUGGACCAAAAAGUUUUUGUGUGUCCUGGGACAUUAAUGCGAGUGUUGGAGCCAAGUUCUGUGCGGGAGGCGGAGCAUCAGUCGGGGGCGUGGUGUAAAGACCCUCUGCAAGCGGGCGAUAGGCUGUACGUGAUGCCCUGGACGCCCUAUCGCACAGAUAUGCUGUAUGAAUAUGCUUCCUGGGACGACUACAUCCAAAACAGGGUCACCACCACCUAUAAGUUGCCGAGUCGAGUGGACGGCACCGGUUUCGUCGUGUAUGACGGAGCUGUGUUCUACAAUAAAGAACGCACACGCAACAUUGUGAAAUACGACCUGCGAACUCGCAUCAAGAGUGGCGAAGCCAUUAUCGCAAACGCCAACUAUCACGACACGUCGCCGUACCGCUGGGGCGGGAAGUCCGACAUCGACCUCGCCGUGGAUGAACACGGGCUCUGGGUCAUAUACGCCACUGAAGCCAACAGCGGACGCCUGGUUGUUAGCCAGGUGAACCCGUACACGCUGCGUUUCGAGGGGACGUGGCAGACAAGCUUCGAGAAGCGCAUGGCGUCCGACGCGUUUGUGGCGUGUGGCAUCUUGUACGCGGUUCGAUCCGUGUACCAGGACGAUGACAGCGAGGUGGGCGGAGACCUGAUCCUGUACGCCUACGACACGCGGCGAAACCGCGAGGAGCCGGUGAGAAUCCCGUUCCCAAACCCGUACCAGCACAUCUCGUCCAUCAGCUACAACCCCAGAGACAACCAGCUGUACGUCUGGAACAACUACAUCGUCCUUCGCUACCCGCUGGAGUUCAACCCGCCGCAGCCCACCACAGAUCCUCUCUCGACCCCUCUUCUCUCCACCACUCCGCCGAACUCGCUCUCCACCACGGUGUCUCUGAGCUUCACCUCCACCUCCACCCCGACCGUGACCUUUCACCCGGUGGGAGCCAUCAACAGGGCUCCGGCAGGGCGUCCCAUCACAGCCACGGUCCCGGUGACCGUCAGGCCCCCCCGCCGCCCGCUGGGGCCGCGCACACCCGUGUGUGAGAGUCGCGUGACGCGCGGGGUCCAGUGGCCCCCGACCCACCGAGGGGAGACCGUGGAGAGACCCUGUCCCAAAGGAUCCCUCGGAAUCGCCUCGUAUCAGUGUAUGUCUGAUGAAGUGGUGUGGAGCCCCAGAGGCCCCGAUCUCAGCAACUGCACAUCACCCUGGGUCAGCCAGGUCGCUCAGAAGAUUAAGAGUGGGGAGAACGCAGCCCAUAUCGCUGCUGUACUUGUCAAUCACACACGGGGGCGUGUCUAUGCUGGUGAUGUCACUUCCUCUGUGCGGCUGAUGGAGCAGCUGUUGGACAUCCUGGACUCUCAGUUACAGGCGCUACGACCGGGGAACAAGGAGUCGGCCACACGCAACUACAACAAGCUUCAGAAGAGAGAACGGACCUGCCGAGCGUUUAUUCAGGCGGUGGUGCAGACGGUGGAUAACCUGCUGCGUCUGGAGGCGCUGGAGUCGUGGCAGGACAUGAACGCCACAGAACAGUCUCACACCGCCACCAUGAUGCUCGACGUCGUGGAGAAGGGGGCAUUUCUCCUGGCCAACAACCUGUACGGCGGACACUUCAGCGACCGCGCGCCCAACAUCGAUCUGGAGGUGUAUGUGCUGAACACAGAGAUGGAGCUGAAGGAUCUGUCGUUCCCGAACUCGUAUGACAGCGACAGCAUCAUCCACGUGUCCUCGUCCACCAUCAAACAGUACAGCCGCAACGGUCAGGUGAAGGUGGUCUUCACGCUCUAUAAGAACCUGGGGGCGUUUCUCUCGACUCUGAACGCCACGGUGAAGACGGUUGGCGAGCCGAAGCCGGGAGGACACAGUCUGGCCGUCAACUCACACAUCAUCUCCGCAUCCAUGAACAAAGAGUCGAGUCGCGUGUUCCUGACCGAACCGGUCGAGUUCACACUGCGACACCUGCAGCUGGAGAACCACUUCAGUCCCAACUGCUCGUUCUGGAAUUACUCUGAGCGCUCGAUGACGGGCCAGUGGUCGUCUCAGGGCUGCAGACGAACACACAGCAACAACACACACACCACCUGCGCCUGCUCGCAUCUCACCAACUUCGCUGUGCUCAUGAACCACCAGCAGCCCGCCUAUCCCGGAGGCGUUCAGGGCCUGAUCCUCUUCGUCAUCACAUGGGUGGGGAUGGUGAUCUCUCUGGUGUGUCUGGCUCUCUGCAUUUCCACCUUCUGCUGCCUCAGGGGUCUUCAGAGCGACCGCACCACCAUCCACAAGAACCUCUGCCUCACGCUCUUCAUCUCACAGCUGCUCUUCCUCAUCGGCAUGGACAAGACACACUACACCGUUGUGUGCCCGGUCCUGGCGGGCCUGCUGCACUUCUUCCUGCUGUCGGUGUUCUGCUGGCUCUGCAUGGAGACGGUUCAGCUGUAUGUGCUGAUGGUGGAGGUGUUCGAGAGCGAGACGUCUCGGCGCAAGUACUACUACCUCUCCGCGUACGGCUUCCCCUCGCUAGUGGUGGCCAUUUCCACCGCCAUCGACUACAGGAGCUACGGAGGACCCAAAGCCUGCUGGUUGAGGGUGGAUAACUACUUCAUCUGGACGUUUAUCGGCCCCGCCUCCCUCGUUAUCCUGCUGAACCUGGUGGUGCUGGUCAUCACUGUGCACCGGAUGCUGCGUCACUCCACCGUACUGAAACCGGACUCCAGCCGCUUCGACAACAUCAAGUGCUGGACGGUCAGUUCUGUGACGCUGCUGUUAUUGGUGUCUCUGACGUGGAUCUUCGGCCUCUUGUUCAUCAAUGACAACAGUGUAGUGAUGGCGUAUCUCUUCACCUCCUUCAACGCUCUACACGGCAUGUUCAUCUUCCUCCUGCACUGCGCCCUGCAGAAGAAGGUGCAGAAAGAGUACGGCAAAUGCUUGCGUCAAUCACCCUGCUGUGGCCACGCCUCCUCCACCGGUUCCCAUGGUUCCCUCAAGAGCUCCGCCCACCGAGGCAACAAUCGUUACUACGGCGGCAGCCAAUCACGACACGCGCCUGCUCAAAGACAGAGUCGUAUCAGGAGGAUGUGGAAUGACACUGUUCGACGGCAGACAGAAUCGUCCUUCAUGGCAGCUGAGAUCAACAACACACCCACACUCACCCGAGGCACUAUGGGUAAUCACCUCCUAGCCAAUCCUAUGCUUCAGACCCGCUCUGGCUCCUCCCCUUACAACACCUUAUUGGCUGAAACGUUCAACCCGCCCUCACCUGCAGUUUUCAACGCCACUGGCACGUUCAGAAACUCAAAGGGCACCCUUUCUCGCAGCCGCGAGUCAUGUGGUCUGGAGGGAGUCCGACUGAACGGGAACUACAACAACAGCUACUCGCUGCACGGAGGGAGCUCGGAUCUUCUAGGGGGUGUUCCCGUGGGGUCAGGGGGCGUGUCUGGAGAAGUCAGCCCUGCCCUUUUGACACCCAGAGGGGCGGAGCCUUCAACCGGUUUGAGGCGGAAUCUUUCGGACGCGGCGGCGUUGGAGAAGAUGAUAAUAUCCGAGCUGGUGCAGAGUAACCUGCGCCCUUCCACCGAUCGAUACGGCAAUGGAACGACUUCGACAAUGUCGAAUUACGCCACGUCGACAGGUCACCGGGAGCCUCCGCAACGGCCCUUACCCCGCCCACCUCCGCCACCCCCGCAGGAUGAAGACGAGCUGCUGUACAAAGCCCUGGAAAAGCCACGCCUCCCGGAUAAACCCCGUCUCCCUGAUAAACCCCGCCUUCCGGAUAAGCCCCGCCUCCUUGAGCACGCUCAGUCAGUGUUCUACCAAAGCGAGGAGGACUCGGAGAGCUUCUCAGCGGAGAUCACAGACGACGUGGGUGGGGCCGGACCUGACUCCGCCUCCCUGUACGCGCGGGACCGCGAUUCGUCCUAUCCCGACAGCAGUCCGGAGGCGAUGGGGGCGGAGCCUCAUCCCACACUCCCGCCGGAUGAGCUGUACUUCAGCGCGGGACGUCAAGCGCACAUCUCCGCCUUCUACCAGCCUCCGCCUCGAAGGACCAACGACGAGCCUCGACUGGGACUCCAGCCCUCGCAGGGGGACGGCGACGGACAAAUGCAACUGGUGACCAGUCUGUGACUAGGGCGCUGGUGACCAGGACACGCAGAUCUGGAGGAGGACAAUGAGGGGGGAUGACUUCGACAUCACCAUCAUCAUCACGAUUAGUAUCAGGGCGAAUCCCAAGGAAACCUCAUGUCCGGCUCGUACCUCACUCCAAAACUCCUAAGAAAGACUUCCGUUGUGAAAUAUGAUCCAGAUAUGUUUUCGUUGAGAUUCCUGAAUCAGUAUGAAGCUGCUUGCAGAAAACGGUAAACAAUUAUGGCUUGUCCUCAAAUCCUUGGACAAGCCUUGGAAAGAUCCCUGUUUACAUGAUGAUGAUGAUGAUGAUGAAGAUGAUUGGCUUCCUCCUCCACGUCUCUGUUUCCUGGUCGCCCGCACACCCACCCUGCCCAUCUCACUGCCAUUCAAGCACAUCAGUCUGUCCUUUCUAAGAAGUGGUCUUCUUAUCGGGUAGUUUUUCCUCCAUUCGUGCAUCCUCCAUCUCCUCCCUGCUGAGAAACCCAGUUUAAACCAGUCUGAGGUGGUUAUCCAGUCUCCCGUCCUGGGGUGCGUUUACCAAAGCCACCUAUGUGGCUAAGUUCCAUCGUUAUCAAUAAAGUUCAAUGGAAAUUGCGAUUAUAUUUGGGCAGCGAUGCUUUUUGGGAAACGCACCCGUAGCCGAGCUGGUUUGUGUGCUCGUUUUGGGUGGAAGACCAUCUGAAAACCAGCUCAGGCCGGAUUAAGCUGGUUUCUCGGCAGGAUCUCUUUCGUUCAGGGUGGUGUGGUGUAUGAGUGUCAGACCUUUAUCAGAAUGUGAUAUCACUUACACCAGAGACCGCAGCUCUUAUACAUGCCAAAAAAAAAUCACACACUUACACUCUUGGGGAGCGGCUAGAGUCGGGGGUCACGCUCUCAACGACGUAGAGGUCAAGGGUUACGAGUCACGUCAACCAGACUAUUGUUUCUCAGCAGCGUGGCGGACAAAAGAACUCAAACGAACUGCCAACCAAUCGUCUGCUUCGGUGUUGACCCGACCAAACACUUUGCCGGGGUUCGAGGAUGUUGAUUCAAAGCUCCGCCCCCUUUCCUGUGAUUAAGUAGGUUGAUCAAGGAUUUGAUGAUGUUCAACCGAGCGACGGGUGCUCGCAAAACUUCCUGUAAAUACGAACUGAGAGACGCGACGUCUCUGGACAUGCUUCUCUUUCACUUAUGAGUUUAUGGUUGAAAAAAGUCUUAAAGAAUAUGUAGAUGAUCUGAUGACACUGUCUCCUCUUUCGGUCUUUUCUCACUCUGUCUCUUUCGGUCUUUCUCGCUCUCUGAGAGUGUUUCAUGUAAAAAAGAUAAGAAAUGUUUUUUAACCAAAAUAAAAUGGACAAAAGCAAACA